GAUUGCAAAUUGCGGGGAAUUUGUUUGGGACUGAUCGGUAUACAUUUUAUCACUAUAUAAGCAACGCCACUUGGUUUACUAUGUUGCAGCAUUUUUUUUCUUACCUGAACCUUAAAGAUGGUCAUUUAAUGACCGCGGAAUGCAUAUCAUUUCCCCCCAUCCCCCCGAUGAAUUUUCCCUGGAACCGUAUACCCAGCCCAGAUCAACUAGCGGCCAUGCCACCACAAAUUACCUACUCUUACUCUACCACCACCACCACGCUUCCAUCUGUUCAAAAUUAUGGCUUCCAGUGGAAUAAUACACCAAACAGCACCCACCACCACAAUCCGGCAUUAGAAGGUGCUACCAACAUCGGGUACUCCUCUUCUCCUGUAACGGGAAGCGACUACUCGUCACCAUCAACAUCCCAAAUGGCGUAUCCGGAUGGCCGCUAUUUGUGGUCCCCCACUUCCUCGCACUAUACAGCGGCUAAUCAUAUACCUUUGCCUUCCAUCUUUGACCAUAAUGUGUCCACCUCCGAUUUCUCGCCAUACAACGCCUUACCAUAUCAAUGGCAGCCUCAUACAGGUCAUGGCGAACAAAUAGGCUACCCCUCAAACCAGUCAUUGGUCAAUCAGUCAUAUUCAUUCCCACUUCAUAGCUAUCCCUCAUUUCCUCUUCUGUCCUGCCGAUGGAUAAAUGACGAUGCCGUUACACAAUGCGAAUUCGUUGGAACAUUGGAGGAAUUAAAGUCCCACUGUAAAGCCAUCCAUUUUACUGGCCCAAAAAUUGCGCAGAAAUGCCAAUGGGAGGGAUGCGAUUACUACAAUCGCAAUGACCCGACGGUUCGCGUCAUGCGACGCGAUAGCGCUUGGCGCCAUACUUACGAAAAACAUUUGAGGUUGAAGAGGGGUAGUGUCUAGGCUUCUGCAUCUCUUUGUAUUGCAAUUCUGGUAAUUCCUUGUGUUACACCACCACUGGUCACCCCGUGUUUUCUUAUGUUAUGUUAGGCUUGUUGUCG